AUGAUCAUGCGUGGCCCCGAGAAGCCGAAUCUUCGACUCCUGCGUCGGUGGUUUCGGCAUUUGGCACAUCUUCCUGUGGUUGCGUUGAUUCAUACGGCAUUCACCGGGAACGAGUACCCCGAGCGCAUGCACCGCGUCAUCGAGCACUUCUGUGACGUCCUGCCAUCGAUGCACCACCUUCGUCGAGUGGAGCUGACAGUGGGCAGUCCUGCUUUGAUGAAAACGCUUGUUCAUUGCAUCUCGAAAUCCUCUAUCACCGACGUAAAUCUCCGGGGCCCAUCGACGUGGCAUCAGCAUGGCGAGGACCAGGCGCUGAACCGUGCGACCUUACGCGAAUUCAUGUCGUGGUUGAAGUCGAAGAACGCCACGACGUUUGCUCUGGAAACGUAUCGAUUCGAAUGCAAAGAUGCCGAGAUCGAGUCGUUUUACACAGCUAUUGAAGCCGCCGACGCGCUGGAAAGGUUGAUCUGGACCAACUGCGAGAUGCCACAGGCCCUCAGUCAACUUGUGCCGGACGGCAUCUGGAACGUCCUGCCACAACUGCUCAACCUCACGCUUGUCGACUUCUCCGAAACCUGCCUGAACGUCGCGGAUGAGGAGGCGCUAGCAACUGCACUGGUCGGCUCGAAUGCGAUGUCGCGCACACGCGUCAGGGUUCUGAGCUUGAAGAACAAUAUUGUCCUGGACGAAGUAGCGAUGGCACUAGCCGCUGCGUUUCGACUGGACGCCAUCUUGGUCUCGGUCGAGCGAAGACUGUACGUGACGAAGGAGGUGAUCCUCACGAACAACAACGGUGUCGACGACAUGCGGCACAUCGUCGAUACUCGGAUACCACCAAAUGUGAAGAUUAUCCUCUCAUGGAGUCAUUAUUGAGCUGAUCGAUGUCAACGUUCAAAGCUGCACGGAUGCACAACCGACAAGUGUCGCCCAUCUAGCCAACAUGGCUGGCGCUCCGGGCAGUCAAGUUGUGUCGAUUGAAAUCGUGCUAAACAGCGAUUCCUGGGUGCGCAUCGUUGUUACCUUCAUCCUUCAGAACGAUCACCAUGGUCGUCUGAACGUAGUCAGGACGGCUGCUCAGGAGGUCGCAUCGUUCGCUCAGCCUCCCGUCGGACGAAGCAGCGCUUGUUGUGCCUGCGUCCGGCGUUGUUGGACGUCGCCA